AUGCAGGCAGACCCCUCGAUUGACGCCGCCGGCACCACCCUGGUCAGCGCAUGCCGCGAUGAUGGCGCCACCAUCGCCCGCUCUGCCCUCCGCUAUGCUGGCGGAGCCGCCGUGCGAGCCGCAACUGGCUCGUGGCGCACCCCGCCGCCUCCGGCCGCAGUCAUGAAUGCCGCAAUCACGACGAGCGAGGUGCGGUCGCAUGAGGGUGACGCGCAGCCGUGGAUGAUGGUCGACGUCGCGCGGACUGAUGCCGAGGCGCGCCUCUCCGCCCAGUGGGCCCUCAAGGCGUCGGCCUUUCGCACGCUGGAGCAAGCCGAGACCACGCGCCGCGAGCACUUCUCCGGCUGGUCGGCGGCGCAGGCGAGCACGCUGGCGGCGCUGCAGAAGCAGGCGGCCAAGGGGCGCGGGGAGCAGGCCGACUGCCUCUCCUUUCUGCAGCAGCGCGCCGCCGCGGACUUGGCGUACGCAGCCUCGUUCUCAAAGCACCGGCUCGGAGGCAAGAAGGCACUCUUCGAGUGUCUGAGCUGGCCGACCUCCGCGCGGCGGCGCUGCCGGGCGGCGCGGGAUCCGGGCGAGAGCGGAGGCCUGGCCAAGGAGCUGAGCGCUUCGCUCGAGGCGUACGGCGCCGCCUCGGACGCCGCGUGCAAGGCCACCGCACUCCGCCGCCAGAGAGGCUUUGGGGCGGGCCGUGUGGAACUGGAUUUGUGGCUGACCGAGUUUCACUACCGCGCCGCCGUCGCCGCCUUCUCCCGCCGCCUGUGGGCAGCGGCGCGAGGGGUGCAGCCGGGCUCUCGCGCGGCUCCAAUCUCGGCCGAUCUCGCGCCAAUCACCUCGGGCUCGCUCCGCGUCUUCGUCUCGCUGCAGCAGCGUCUGUGGGCCGACGUCGCCGCGUCGACCACCGCGGAGCUGCUUCGUCGACCACGGAACAAGCGAGGCCUCGUGCCACUGCUAGGCCUCGCCGAGGACCCAAAGGCGAUCGCGCUCGAGGCGCUGCUCUCGCCUGGCAGCGGCCACGACGAGUACGCAUCGCAGCCCGCGCUGCCGCCCUCGGCGCUCGUGCUCCACGAGGGCGCGCUCUCUCUUAGCGCUCUCUUACCAGCGCGCCGCUCGCUCCUCUACCAGCGGGCCGUCCUCCGCACUUGGGCGUCCGCGCACGCCGUGCUCACGCGCGACGGGCGCCGUCCUCCCUCCCGCUCCGCCCAACCUCGGCCCAACCUCGGCGCCGAGCGAGCCGCGCCCGUCUCCUUCCGCGCCGCCGACGCGGCGGAGGCGCAGGCGUGGAUGGUCGCUCUCUCCAGCGCGACGUCACCCGGAGCGCAGCCGGCGUCGCCAGGUGGGAUGGGUAGUGCGAGGGAGGCGCGAGGGGCGGAGGCGGCGGCGGCGCAGGCGGCGGCGGCGCAGGCGGCGGAGGCGGCGGCAGUGGCGCGGGCGGCACGGGUGGUGGAGGCGCAAGGCGUGGCCGGCGGCGGGGCGUCGGCAGCAGCGCAGGCCGACGCGGGCUCGGCGCCGGCGGUCGAGGCGUGGGCGUUUGGGGCGGCGCACGAGCCCGCCGCGGACACGGGCGUCGGGGUGAGGGCGAGCGCGGCGUUUGGGGGGAGGAGUGGCACGCGGGUUGGCGGCCAGGGGGGCGUGGCGAGGGACGAGGACGACGACGACGACGACGAGGACGACGAGGACGACGAGGAGGGGGAGAGCGAGAGCGAGAGCGAGAGCGAGAGCGGGCUGCCAGAUCUCUUUGAGUGA